AUGACUACCUUAAAUCACACUGGUUUUAGCCAUACAGUCUUCCGCCUGUUGGGCAUCCCUGGGCUUCAGGACAUGUACAUAUGGAUUUCCAUCCCCUUCCUCAUAUCCUACACCAUCUCUGUGCUUGGGAACUGUCUUAUCAUCUUCAUUAUCGUCACAAGGCGCAGCCUUCAGGAGCCCAUGUACCUCUUCCUCUGCAUGCUGUCUGGGGCAGAUAUCAUCCUCUCCACGAGCAUUAUACCUCAGGCCCUGGCCAUCUUCUGGUUCAACGCUGGAGAGAUCUCCCUCAAUGGCUGCCUCACUCAGAUUGUUUUCACCUCUUUGACCUUCAUGUGUGAGUCAGGUAUUUUGCUGGUGAUGGCCUUUGAUCGCUACAUUGCCAUCUGCUACCCACUGAGAUACACCACAAUUUUGACCCAUGCACUCAUUGGGAAAAUUGGUGUGAUCAUCUUUCUGAGAAGUUAUUGCACUGUUUUGCCUGUUCUUUAUCUUGUGAAAAGAUUGACUUUCUGUAAAAACAACAUCAUCCCCAAUACUGUUUGCAAACACAUUAUCUUGGCCCGUCUUUCCUGUAAUGACAUAAGAAUAAACAUUUGGUAUGGUUUUAUUAUCCUAAUCGUGACCUUGUUCUUAGACAUUGUGCUGGUUUUUCUUUCCUAUAUGUUGAUUCUCCGAGCUAUCUUCCGCAUGCCCUCCCGAGAGGCUCGAGCCAAAGCUCUCAAUACCUGUGGCUCCCACGUCUGUGUCAUCCUCCUCUUUUACGUCCCAGGGAUCUUCUCAGUCCUCACUCAGCCGUUUGGACGCUACAUCUCACUUGCUGUUCAAGUCGUGCUGGGCAAUAUCUACAUUCUCAUUCCACCUAUGCUAAAUCCCAUCAUUUAUGGGAUUAAAACGAAACAGAUCCGGGAACAAUUGGUUCAUGUGCUAAUUCCAAAGCGGAAAUGA